AUGUUGUGGUCCGGAAGAUUAAUGUUUGCAUUUACAGUAUUAGCAAUUAAUGUUUUAAGUCCAGAGAUAGACGAUUUGGAUAUUCCCCACGCAGACGCUACUCCAUACCCGGGCAUUGAUGAUGGACUUUUGGAACCUGGAGACAAAAUGGAACCGCACGAGAAACACGACAGCGAAAAGCCUGAGCACGAAGGAUCCGACCACUCGACGCGCGAAGACGGCGUCGGUACAGUCGACGGUAAAUGGCCUUAUCCAGACACCGACGAGCCUGACUAUCCUUACGAUGGCGCCAACGGUUUCGGCUACAGGUUCAACGUUGAUGAUCGGCCCGGCUCCCCGAUACCUGGCUCUAUCCCCGACGUAAACACCUACCAGCAGAAGAAAAACUUGGCUCAAGGUAUGAUGGACCUGGCACUACUUUCAGCCAACGCGAACCAACUUCGAUAUGUGCUGGAAUCUGCAACUUCGCAUCCUUACUACUACCCUAGUCUUACUUUUAUUGCUAUGAGCAUUGUUUUACAGAUCGCUGUCGGUGUGGGUCUAAUUAUGAAUAGUAGAUACAACGUGAAAGACGACAAGGACAUUUGCAAGGCGGACAAAAUUAAUAACUUUACGGUACUCGGCGUGUUUCUGAUAACAAUAGUGAAUGUGUUCAUAACUUCGUUUAGUGUGGCCACUCCGGGUGUUCCAGGGACUUCUGUGGUGGUAGCUUCAACCGGUAGUGGAUAA